AGUCAACGAAGAAGAAGGCGCUCCCACCGGAUGUGGCGGAUAUGGAAGCACUAGACUCGUUCACGAGCUGCGGAUGUUACGAGAGCAAUGGCUGGCAGCAGGCUGGAGAGGUUCGGGACUGUAUUCACCCGGGUUCGAGAUCUGAUGCGUGCUGGGGUCAUAAAGCCGUCGGAGAAACCCAUCUGGUAUGAUGUAUAUGAGGCUUUUCCACCCAAGAGGGACCCCCUCUAUGUGAAGCCACAUACUAGACCCUGUACCAAGAAACAGGAAGCUGUGCCGGAGAUCUUCUACAGAGAGGAUGAAGUUAGAGCGAAGUUCUAUGUGCAGUAUGGGACUGGUCCUCGGCCUUUAGAUCUGUCCAGGACUAAAUUUGUUUCGACGUGUCAGAGGUUUGUAGACAAGUACACAGAGUUGAGGAGCUACAAUGUGCUGGAGGAGCCUGCUCUGUUUGAGGAGACGGGGAAGGCCUUACUCACAGAGGGCAUCGUGCUAAGGCGGAGAGGACCACUUCCUGUGUCAGCAGGGUCCAGGGACCCAGUGCUCGAGCUGAAGCUGACAGACAUGUUGGCGGAGCAGCAGUCUGUCAGUGCUGACAGCGAGGAGACGACAGAGACCUCGGCAUAGACCUCAGCUGCUCAAGGCCCACUUGAUGAGCUGCGGAUCCUCCACACCAGACACGCUGUUUGACUUGAAGACACUUGUGUUCUCGCUGCGCCUCUGGAAGUGACGCUCGUCUGUAAAAAUGGCUUCAUUUCAACCGCCAACUCAGGACACGGCUGUCUGCGAUCUGACCAUCAGGAACUGCUCUGUGGACUUUCCUGAUACCAGCUUCCUCACUUAGACAUGUAUGUAUGUGUGUGUAUGUGUUUCAAAUUUAAAUUAAAUAAACAAAGUAAGUUAC